AUGGGGAAACCCCCCUUUUCCGAGUCCAACACCAUUGGGCAACCGGCAAAGAGGCGGCGAGUUGGUAGUCCCAAUGUCGCUGGUUCUUCUCAAAGCAGCCGGCCUGGGUUGGUUGACUCGAACCUCAUCGAGGGUUCAAGACAGGAAAGAAGACCCACCGUAUUCCCCCACGAGUCUCUAUCAAUCGAUAACCCAGGUCCAUCAGUUGGCGACGAGGACACUGAACUGGAUGCCUUUGAUCUUGAGCUGCUAGCACAGGGAAGUAAGCAGAAGAAUCCAUAUCAGGAAGAAGGCGUAGUGAGAUAUACUCCUCGACAUGCCUCGCUAUUUCGAAAUUCUGAGUAUCAAGCUGCCCCUCAAGUGACCUCCCGUUUUUUUGAUCCAAGCUCUAGCCUCACUCCUCUUCGUGGACAAGCGUCCAGCCAGGUAGAGUCGAGAUUUGGAUCUCCACCCAGCCCACUUGCUCUACUCAAUGAACGGAAACAGGGCAUAUUGCAGAAGCCGACCCAACUGGGGUCUCCCUUUACCCCACAUCAGCCCGAUAGUAACCAGUCUUCACAACAGUUGCCCUCGUCAUCCAAAGUUGUUCCAGCAAGCCAUAAUCGUGGUCAGCACCAACCAUUCUCUCCGUUCAACCAGAUUCCACCCUCCAUCCGAGGCAUUGUACUGGUUUCUGUCAAUGAAUUGCCAUAUAAAUACCGGUCGCUUUUCUCGUUUCCAUUGUUCAAUGCUAUCCAGUCCAAAUGUUUUCUUUCAGUGUAUAACACAAACAACAACCUGGUACUCUCUGCACCUACAGGAAGUGGCAAGACAGUGAUCAUGGAGCUUGCGGUCUGCAGACUACUCAACACCUUGAAAGAUGAGCGUUUCAAAGUCGUAUACCAGGCACCUACCAAAUCUCUUUGUGCAGAAAGAUUUCGCGACUGGAACUCCAAGUUCGCAGCAUUAAAUCUUAAAUGCGCAGAACUGACAGGAGACACGGAUUAUACGCAUCUGCGAAACGUCCAGAGUAGCCAAAUCAUCAUCACGACGCCCGAGAAGUGGGACAGCAUGACACGGAAAUGGAAAGACCACAUGCGGCUGAUGCAGUUGGUGAAAUUGUUCCUUGUCGAUGAGGUCCAUAUCCUGAAGGAGUCUCGGGGUGCUACCCUCGAAGCAGUGGUGUCGCGCAUGAAGACAAUCGGAUCAAAUGUCCGUUUUGUAGCGCUCAGCGCCACAAUCCCGAACUCGGAGGACAUUGCGACAUGGCUUGGGAAGGAUGCCACAAACCAACAUGUGCCUGCGCAUAGAGAGCAUUUCGGAGAAGACUUCAGACCUGUCAAAUUGCAGAAGUUUGUAUAUGGCUAUCAGUCGAACGUCAAUGAUUUUGCAUUCGACAAAGUCCUCAGCUCUAAGCUCCUCGAUCAUGUUGCAGCUCAUUCGUGCAAGAAACCGAUUAUGAUCUUCUGCUGCACUCGAAACUCGACUGUCGCCACGGCCAAAAUUCUUGCUAAUUCAUGGUCUAUGACCAAUCCACCUUCUAGAGUUUGGAAGGGUCCCGGCAGGCCCAUUGAGGUGCACAAUGAAGACCUAAACACGACUAUCCCAUCUGGAGUUGCAUUCCACCAUGCAGGUCUCAGUAUUGGUGACAGAAAUGCUGUUGAGAAAGGCUUUAGAGAUGGCCACAUCAAUGUCAUAUGUUGCACAUCAACCUUGGCAGUUGGUGUCAACCUUCCAUGCCACCUUGUGAUUAUCAAGAACACAGUCGGUUGGCAAGAAGGUCAAUGCAAGGAAUAUUCCGAUCUGGAAAUGAUGCAGAUGCUUGGCCGAGCAGGUCGGCCACAAUUUGACGACAGUGCAGUUGCCGUUAUACUAACUAAAAGAGAGCGCGUUUCACGCUACGAAAAGCUUGUGUCAGGCUCGGAAAGCCUUGAGAGCUGCUUACACCUGAAUCUCAUCGAUCAUUUGAAUGCUGAGAUUGGACUGGGACAUAUUACCAACCUGGAAUCGGCCACGAAGUGGCUUGCCGGUACUUUCCUGUUCGUGAGAUUACGCCGAAAUCCAUCUUACUACCAGCUGAAAGAAGAAGCAAGCGAAGAUGACGAAGAUGAGCUACUUCGUCAGAUAUGUGAAAAGGAUAUUACACUUCUUCAAGAGUGUGGCCUUGUUACAAUUGAAAAGCUAGGUUCAACUCAAUUUGGCGAUGCUAUGGCUCGAUACUGCGUUCGUUUUGAAACCAUGAGAAUCCUCAUGUCUCUAAGACUCGGGGCAUCCAUACAUGAAAUCCUUUACUUGAUUGUUCAAGCCGACGACUUCCAAGAAGUUCGUCUUCGAGCCGGCGAAAAGUCGCUAUACCGUGAGAUUAACCGUGAUCCUGGAAUAAGGUAUCCUAUCAUGGUUGACGUCACACUUUCAGCUCACAAGGUUUCGCUGCUUCUCCAGUCAGAGCUUGCGGCAAUAGAAUUUCCAGGAGGUGAUCAAUUUCAGAAACACAAGUUUUCAAUGCAACAGGACAGAAAUUUCGUCUUCACACAUGUGAACCGAUUAAUUCGGUGCAUUAUCGACUGCCAGAUUUCGCGCGAGGACUCUACAAGUAUUCGAAACGCCCUAGAGCUGGCACGUAGCCUCAGUUCAAGGGUUUGGGAUCAUUCUCCACUUCAGAUGAAGCAGAUUGAGCAGAUAGGAGUCGUAGCUGUUCGAAAACUAGCUGCAGCUGGAAUUACAGGAAUUGACGACCUUGGACUUACCGAAGCUCACAAUAUUGAAAUGAUUCUUAGCAGACAUCCUCCCUUUGGCACCAAGCUGUUGGCUCGACUGAAAGACUUCCCUAAUCUCAGAAUAACCGCGAAGAUGGUCGGACAGGAAGCGAAGCCCAAUGUCAAGAUACAUUUUGAGCUUGAAGUAGCUUUCAUGAACAAUACGGUUCCUUCCCACUUUCAACGGAAGCCGAUAUAUGUCUGUUGUCUAACAGAAACGUCUGAUGGGCGCAUGAUCGAUUUUCGACGGAUAAGUGCCAGCAAGCUUCAAAAGGGCUUAGAAGUAACUCUUAUUGCGGAGUUGACGAGUUCAGAUCAACAAAUCGUCUGCCACGUCAUGUGUGAUGAGAUAGCCGGGACUUCAAGACAAGCCAUCAUCAAGCCAGACAUGCCAUCAUAUUUAUUCUCAGCGCAAAAUAAAGCAGCAAACAAGACAGACACACAGAGACUCAACCCUUCCAAAGCGCGGGACGACUUUGACGGGGAUGACCUGGAGCUUGACGAUUUUAUAACUGAAAAUCAGCGACUUGAGCAGCCAAAAGAAUCCACCAGCAUGAAAAGCUUGCAUUUUGAUGAUGAUAUUGAGUGGCUGUCGAUUGAAGACACUCCAAGUCCACCCAGACACUCACGAGAGACAACACAACGAGAAAAGGACCAGUGGAAGGAGAACAUGGAGCAAUAUGACCAUGACGACUGUGAAGAGUCUGAGGCUAUCAAGCUUCCAAAUGGAAACUGGGCCUGCCACCACAGGUGCAAAGACAGAAAAAACUGCAAACAUCUCUGCUGCAAGGAAGGUCUUGAGAAGCCCCCAAAACCCAGCAAAAAACGAACAGUCCUCGCAAACAAAACUAGUGGACUGAACCAACUGACCCUUUCCGAUGCCAUUCCAAAUAAAGAAAAGCCAGGAAGUUCCCGCAAAGAGAGCCAAAAAGCUGCAACAAAGCGAAAACCAACUGACAAGGCUCAGGCAAUUGGCGUGGUAGGAGGUAAACUAUCUGCAAAGAAGACUGGAAAGUCAACCAAGCGGGAAUUGUCAACCGGUAGUAUCGAGAAUAGUAGUGCAAGAAGUCCCUCGGAUACUGUCUCCAGUAACUAUGGAGAUGAACUCGGCGAUCUACAGUUCCUAUUUGAAGAUGCAGGCCUCUGUCUUGCAAAUUCUGGCCCCGUUCUAGCUCCAGCAACCGAAAAAACAAUCAGUCUCAGCAAAGGCUUCAUCACCCCUCCCAUACCACGCAUCAUGUUCCAGGAAUGUAUGGAGCUGAAAAACAAUACCGUGAAAGCAGGACCAUCAAACUGGAGUGAAAGAUCACUGCCGGUGCCCACACAGACAGAGUCAAUGGAUAUCUGGGAUGACACCCCUACCGGCGACUCAGGCAGAGACGGAAUAUUCACAGAUGCGAAUACACUCGGCAGCUCUGCCACGACCGCACACUUCACCUCGGAAGGUUUUCCCCGCACUCCAAAACGAAAGGCUAGAGUUCUCGAUCUCAUCGAGAACAAAGCAAGCCAGAAGCGAGCUGAACGUUGUACGUCCAUGGAUUAUGAAAACCCCAAAUUGCAGGAUACCAUGACAGUUGACCCAGCAGCUCUGGAGCUGGUUCACUCACCUACUGAUCCUGACAAUGCAUCUAUGGAAUGGGAUGAUGUUGACCGAAUGAUGAUGGAGGAGUUUAAUGACAUUAUCAACUUUUAUUGA